CCUGCCUGAGAGUGUGCGGUCCGUUGGACGGGAGCUCACCCGACCUCCAUCAUCUCCGCGAGAGACACCAGCAAGGUUGUAGUUCGGUGUUCUCCACGUCUCACUCCAACUUCUCUGGCGCUGGACCAACUCUGGCGGCGUGCUUUUUUCCGCCAGGGGGCUAACACGACGACCUCAACGACAAAUACUUCCGCCGACAACAAUCAUGGUCGCAUGUCGGCAUCAAGGAUGCGCCGAGCGUGCGUCGUUCGGCGUUGAAGGGGGCCGUGUUAGGGCGGCAGAAUUCUGCUCUGGACACGCGGAAAACGGGAUGGUAGACUUCUGCAAGAAGACCGGCGGCCAUCCAGGCUGCUGCAUGGAACAUCCGUCGUGCGGCAUGGAGGGUUGCACGUACUGCUCCCGUCACGGCAAUCCGGGGAUGCUGGUGAACUUCGAUGUGAAGAGGUGCGGUCAUCCGGUGUGCACCAAGUGGCCGUCGUACGGCGUAGAGGGUUGCAAGAUGGCGGGUCUCUGCCCUCAGCUUUCGAAGGACGGAAUGACCUAUGUAGUGGAGGGGAGAGGGCAGAGCCCGCGGCAGCACGCAGACGACAACGAAACUCUGCCUUUCGGCGUGGGCGGUAGCAAGGCGGCGGAGUUCUGCCCACAUGCGCAGGAGGCGAAUACGGCUAACGUCGGUCAGCUGGGCCGCAAACGUCCAGCUUGUGGGGUGGAAGGCACGCCGACCAUCAAGUUCGGUGCAUCCAACUCGAAGGCUGGGACGGCGAACGUCGUAGCCAGCAAGAGGAAGAAGCUGUGCAACCAUCCCGGGUGCAACACGAAGCCUCUGUUCGGGGAAGGGGGGACCGAGGAGACCAAGUUCUGCGGGCAUCAUUCGAAACCGGGCAUGGUGAACUUGACCACCAAGAGGUGCGGCCACAGCGGCUGCGAUGCGACACCGUCGUACGGCGUGGAAGGCUGCAAGGUAAGGGAGUUCUGUCCGCGUCAUGCGAAGCCAGGCAUGGUGGAUGUCGUCGCCAGGAGGUGCGGCAACGCCGGUUGCUCGACGAUGCCGUCGCACGGGGUCGACGGCAGCAAGAUGGCGGAGUUCUGCCCGCGGCACGCGAAGGACGGAAUGGUAGAUGUCUUCAAGAGGAAAAGGUUCAAGCUCACUGUGGCGAGCUUGGCAGCCAAGCAAACGAACAAGAAGCGUUUACACUCCGAGAAGAAGAAGGAAGGCAAGGGGACAGAGAGCGCUACGGUGAAUGAGGACGACACACUUCUCGGUCGUUCCAGCGAGCGGCACAGCAGGGUGAUGAAGAGGAGAGCGAAGGGGGAAGGCAAGAAGACAGAAGGGAAGGCUAGGGUGGAUGAUGAUGACAAAUUACUCGGACGUUCCGGUGGCGAGCGGCGCAGCAGGGCGAUGAAGAGGAGAGCGAAGAGGACCCCGCGGCGCGGCAGCGCUGCUGAGCGGGAGGGCAGGGGUGCGGAGGCUCGCCGAACCGAGGCCGGGGAGAAGCGGAAGAGAGCCCUCUUCCUGGGAGUGACCUUCGUGGAAGAACACGACGCCGAGUUCCUGGGCGAGCUAGCCAAGAGAGUGAGGCGAUUCAAGACGUUGGAGAAGAAGCUGCGCAACAAAGUUACGGAGGGCAACAUGAAUCCGUUAAGGGACACGAUUAGGGUGCUGGCGACGGAGACGCAAGGGUACAGGGUUAGCUGCGUCAGCAAGGUCUCGGUAUCGAGAGGGCCCGGCAGUUCGGCAAAGGGCCGCCCGGUGAGCCGGAGGCAUCUCCUCGAGACCGACAUGUCCAACACGACAGCAUCCAGAGGACUCUUGCGCAGCGGGAAGUGGGGCGACGUCAAGUUUGAGAAGGUGCUCCUGGACCACUUCUGGCUGCCGGACUCGGAGACAUGGCUGAACAAGAACUACAUGGCUAACGACGGGGGCCUGAUCAGAAACCUGAUCAGCAUGACCAAGCCCGAGACGCGGUUGCUCAGCGACGACUUCGAGGUCAUACUGCCGAUCAACCGGGGAUUCUUGGAGCUUUUGCUGCCGCAUUUCUCGGAGCUGGACAAGCACUUCACGGUGGCGUUCCUGGUGGGACAGGGGCUCAAUGACCUGAAAAAGAGCCACCUCGCCCUCCAGGCCGGCGAUCUCAUCCCCGAUGACAUCAUGAUGGGGGUCUACGGGAAGAACAAGGAACGCCAGCUGUCUAUCCUUGGAGUGAAGGAGCCCACUCAGGAAAUGGUGAAGGUGCUUCGCAACCACGGGGUAGAGCCUUGGAAUUUCUGCCAUGCGCGGUUUCUCAGGCUGACGAAGUCUGCAGGACCCCGACGCCCGAUUUUGUCGAGAUGGAGGAAAAUGCUUCGGCCAAGUUCGUGGACCAUUUGGCCCACGGUCUCGCACAGAUGGCGGUUCCUUCGUCAGCGAUGCCGGUUGACUAGCGCCCGCCGCUACCGCACCUGCCGCAGCAACAGGCGAGGGGGCUUCGCAGGCGAAUGGUCGUCCUCGAACUGCUACUUGGCGUCCUUGGUGGUGUUGCUCGCCAGCCGAUCCCGUGCUUUGUUGUGAUGGGAGGUGUGCUCUCUGUGUGUUUGUGUGUACCACCAGAUACCUAGGAAUGAUCAAUGUGUGGGAACGUGCUUCGCAGUGCCCAGAGGUAUCCAGCAUUCUGGCGCUUUACCACUGCGGUGUCUGGCAAGCUAGUCACACAAAUAUUUUACAGUCGUCUUACUCUAGAGCUUCACUGCAGCGAAGGUGUGUUUUUUCGUGUUCGCGAGGGUCAUUUCAACCCGAUAUUGUGGUGGUUUAUAGCUACAAAGAGUCCACCGAUCCAGGCACAGAGAUUAUUUCAGCAGUCUGCGUCCUAUCGUUAAAGUAUUAUGUGAGUUGCGGGACACUGGUCUCUUGCAGCACCUUUUGCCCGCUUUCCGUUCCCCGCUCUGGGACAGAUUCGGAGGGACGUACGACGCGCAGAGCUAGUUACCCCCCCUCCGUCAAUAUCAAAGUUGCUUGUUGUACACGCCGUGUGUGUGAACCUUUGGAAAUUUGAGACGUUGUUCUUCUUUCGUGUUGUGUCGACUGUGUAUCUUAUCACGAUGUCAUCGUAGAUUCAAGGAAGGCGGGGUGUUUUUUUGCUGUGCACAUGUACGUGGCUACUAGGAAUAUUUCGCGCAAGCGUGUGUGCAGAGAGUGGUGUCCAGACGAACAGAUUGUCUUCACAUUGGGCGUCGUAUGCGUUUCCGAAUUUACUGAUAUUUGUUUGGUGACCGUUCUGUCAAGUCUUGUUGGUAAUGGGCGGACGGGCACUUCGUAACAAAAUCGUAGAAUGGUGCCGAGUUUUUCAGAUUGUACACCUACGGACACGCGGGGUGCAUUUACGGGUGAGAUGCUAUGCCAGGGGCGUAUCUGCAUCAACAAUGGGUCUCGGAUAUUCUAUGCGUCACGUAGAGGAUGAAGCCUCUCCGCUUUCCAGGAGGGGCGUAGUUUCGAUGUUAUAUCACAGUUUAUUUGUUGCGUUUGCACAGCCGUCUGUUGUAAGACACAAAAGUUGCAAGGUGUUGUGCGGGCUGGGAGUGUGUAGAAAUUGUU